GACAUCCAGCGAAUUGUAGAGACACUAUUGUAUUGUAGCGUUUUUCGUCGUAUUUCAUACAUUUACUUCUGAAAACACGAUUUACAUAGCCGCAAAAUGGGGAAUAUGUUUGCAAAUUUAUUUAAAGGCCUAUUUGGCAAAAAAGAAAUGAGAAUAUUGAUGGUGGGUCUUGAUGCUGCUGGUAAAACUACUAUACUAUACAAACUAAAAUUAGGCGAAAUUGUUACAACAAUUCCAACUAUUGGAUUUAAUGUUGAAACUGUAGAGUACAAAAACAUCAGUUUCACUGUAUGGGAUGUUGGUGGCCAGGACAAAAUUAGGCCACUGUGGAGGCAUUACUUCCAGAACACACAGGGUCUCAUCUUUGUAGUAGACAGUAAUGACCGAGAGCGUAUUGGCGAAGCGCGUGAAGAGCUUAUGCGUAUGUUAAGUGAAGAUGAGUUACGAGAUGCUGUACUUCUUAUUUUUGCGAACAAACAGGAUCUGCCAAAUGCAAUGAAUGCAGCGGAAAUAACAGACAAAUUGGGCCUGCACUCGUUACGCAAUCGCAACUGGUACAUCCAGGCGACGUGCGCUACUUCAGGCGACGGACUGUACGAGGGUCUCGACUGGCUCUCCAAUCAGCUGAAGAAUGCCAACCGCUAACCAAAUGUGCGCUAUCAACUCACAGAUAAAUCUGAUUUUUGAAAGAGACUAUGGUUUAAGAUAUGUUAACUUUAUUUGCUAUGAAUGAAUACAAUGUAUUAUGUGCGAAUUCAUUAUGAUGCGUCACCCGGUGACCGAGCUCGCAUCGCAUUCUCGCUGAACUUCUGUGUAUUUUGAACUUAACAAUUAUAUGUAAUGUUCACUUUAAAUCCUAUGCAUUAUAAUAAUAUAAAACUAUUUAUAUCAGUGUACACAUUAACCAGGGGUCAUGCUGUACUUACUGCUGUUGUGGAAUCCACAUUUGGGAUGCGUUGUUUGUUCGAUCUCUGAUGACGUGGAACAAAAAUCAAAAUAGCGCAUAAAGUUCUGCAAAAUUACGAUUUUUCUUUAUAACUGUCACUAAAGUAAAACAGUGGAUUGUUGUACACUAUAGAGUGAUUGUGCAUUGUGAUGUGGAUAGGUUCGUAGCUGACUCGUGAUAUAAAGAAUCACAGCAUAACAUGUUUUAUAUGUAUACUAUAAUGUGGAAUAAGUUGUCGUAAUAAAGUAUUUAAAGUUAAUUCACAUAUACGACUUUAAUUCAUUAUUUUCUAUUAAUAUUAUUAGUGAGUGGCAGUGACCAAUAGGCAGGUAGUUUGCUUCCGUGUUUUCCUUGUGGUAUGAAAUUUAAUAAGGCUGAAAAUUUAAAGCCUAUCUAUUAUAUGUGGUAAGCAUGUAGUGUUUCUGGUAUGCUCAAUGUUGUUGUUAUGGGGAUGUGCCUUUAGUGGUAUGCCUCAUUCGGUCUGCACUGAGUGGUAUGCUUCUUCGGAUUUGUCUUACACAGUACACCUUGAGCUGGCUCUGGGAGAGUUGGAGGCAAUGUGUUAUAUGCUUCUUGGGAUGACACUCAUCGGCUGAAACCUAUUCACAUCAUUCACAUAUUCACACCUAUUCUCUGAACUUUGCGUAUCUAUAGACCUCCAUAUGGGGUUGUAUGGUCACUUAUUAAAAUUUCUGUGCAUAUAUUUCAUUUAUUAUUUGGAUGACUUAUUGUAUGAUGAUAGUUUAUUUUUAUUGAAGUUAAUUAGGUAGUGUAAGCUGUUAUAUGUUUUACAUUUGAAAACAAUUCAUUGGAUUAUUCUUCUUUCAUCGAAUGGCGGCUUGUUGUGAUGGACCUGCAUUUAUAGUUGAUUUCCCAUAACGGACCGAUAUUUAGUUUUAGGUAUUGUAAUAUGUAUUAACCACCAUGGUAUCUGUUUGGGAAGUGUUUCUUUCUACAAGGAAACUGCUCAGGACUCACAGGUUAUUUGGUCAUACACAAUUAAUUAUAAACUAGCAUUUUUAUAAUAAUUUAGAAGAAAUUGUUGAGACACAAUCGAAACAUUAUGUGGUAAGUGCGAUGGAUAGUUUUUUUUUUCAUGGAAAUCAAGGAGAUUAAAUGAAAAAGCGAAAUGUGACAUUCCGGUUUGUCUUAUGCUGUAUUAUGGAAUAAAAUAUCCUCACCAAUUUUGGGCUUUUUUCUGAACAAAACACCUUUUUGAAUCUACAAUCCAUAUAAAUUGCAUGUUUUACUUUGUUUAGUUACUAAGAUCAUGUUAUUGAGCAUAUAAAUGAGUAAACACUUUUUGAGACACUUAAAACCAAAUUGUUCUUAGUUUUGAUCUAUUUAUUAUAUAUAUAAUCUGCAAUUCUCAUAGUAAAAUAUAUCCCUCAUGCAGGUCUAGGUGGCUCUUUUGUCAAAUUUCAUUGAAAUAUGUUUUUACCAUAUAAGCGUGACCCAGAUACAAAUGUUAAUCCAUAAAUUGCACAAAUUUUCAUAUAUUGUAUUAUGAUAUUGUUAUAGACUUUUAGUAAAGGGUAAUGGGACUUUGGCCAAAUAAAAAAAAGAUCACUUAAGCGCGUCUAACUAAGGUAAAUUAUAAAAAAGACUUUUAGGGUCUGUGCCGCUAAAUCUAAUUUAGGGUUUGUUUGCUGUGUUUUUUAUAUUCUGAUUCUUUAUUACAAGUGAGUAGUGAAACAUGCCUUUGGAAAUAUUAUUACAAAAGGUUUGUUUCCUUGCAAUUUCUUGAAAAUACUUUAUUCAACAGUAGUGAAAAAAAUGAGAACAGUGGCCAGAGCUGCUCAUGGACCUCAUUUUACAUAUAUGCGCUGUAACUGUGCUUUUUUCCAAUACAAUCAACAAAAUAAAAUCGAUACACAAUUCAAACGUAAUAAACAAGUAGGUACAACUAAAGAGUUCGCAACGAUAGCUUGAUGUUCUUUGAAUAUUUAUAGAAAUGGCGUAAACAUACGCGACAAUCUUAAGUUACUCUAUGAGAUAAUCAUGCUAAUAUCUUUUUAAUAUAGUUCCUACAUUGUCUUGAUACCUUUCAGAAUUUAUUUGAAUGUAUUCACCCUUUGGCAAGCGUGAAUUCUUAUCAAACAACACAAAAGAUAGUAAAUGCGUAAGACAUUUUCAUUGAUUUGAUUGCCACUAUUAUGAACUGCUGGGAAGCUUUGAUUAUUUUGUAGUGUUUUAUUUACGUAAAAUAUUUAUAAAUAAAGCGAUGUUGCUGUGUGUGUAUUUUUUAAAUUAUUUUAUUUAAGUUUAUUAAUAAUUUCUAUAUAUUAAAUUAGUAGUUAAACUAGUAAGGGUUUUAAGUCGUUUAGAACACGUUUCAAAGAUAAUAUCACGACUUGUAGAAGAACAUCAGGGUGAUUAUCAAGCACUUAAUCCCUCUGAGAUUAGUGGAUGUUUAUGAUCCAUAACAUAUACCUACAUCUAUCCUCGAUUAAGAAUCAAAAUGUAGUUACGUCACCCUUCAGGACUAAGAUGGAAUUACUUUUUUAUUUUACGAGUACAUUGCUUGAUUGGAGCGUUGUCCUUCCUUGUUCUUGCCAAUUCAUAUUGCAAUUAACAGGUGUCAGGUUAAAUAUUUUUUUUAAAUAUUAGUUAAAUUAUAGUUUUGAGUUUGUAUCUUAAAUUUGCAAUUAUUCACUAUUCAAUUAUAAUAUAUUUUGUAUAAUUUUGCAAUUAUAUUGCCUUAGUUUAUUAAACCAGAAACAAAAGAAUAACGUAUUGUCCCCAUAACAACUUAAUAUGGUCUCGAAUUUUUUAAGCUUGUUGUAUUGUAGUGCUGAGUCAGCCAUUGGUAUCCAAAUACUUUAGUACUUUCUAGUUCGAAUUCGUGUCACUAACUUGAAUAUAUUGUUCAAGUACUCGAGUAUUUUUGAUUGAAUUCGAUUAUCCUGAUAUUUCUUACUUUAAAAACAACAUCAAAACAGAAAUAAAAAAUGUGAUAAAAUACAUAAGUUUGUUAUAUUGGUCAGUUAAUAUAAAAAGGAAAACAGAAACCUGUAUUUUUCAGAUGGUACAGGGGGCCGAGACAUGAAGCUACUUAGCUGUAGCAGCAUAACUGACUUAGUAAUAAUAAAAUUACGACCGAAGUACAUGUUUCAAUUCGAUCGAAUUUCGUGUAUUUGAAUAGCUAAAUUUAUUUACGAAUGCGGCGCAUCACAUUUGUUGUACAACAAGCUAGUCCUUGUUGUUCAUCAAAUAAUAUAUUGGACGUGGUAGAGCCAUGCUGCAGCUAUAUUAGUAGUAUAGUUGUAGCACGAGUGGGUCGGCUCGACCGGGGAAGGACCACGCUCUCACAGAAUACCAGCGUGAAAUAGCAGCUUAAAACUGCUGUGUUUCGUAUGGUGAGUGUAGAGAAUCGGAUACCCUUUUUACUGGAAAAGAGGCAUUCAAUCUUAGUCCUCACGGGUGACAACGCAUCUGCAUUUUGAUUCGCAAAUGAGGAUAGAUGUAGAUGUUUAUGGGCCGCAGCAACCACUUACCAUCAGGUGGACUGUGUGCUCGUUUGUCACCCUAUCCUAUAAAAAAAUAUAUUUACGAUUGAGACCUUUAAAUCUCUGCUGCACAUCACUUACAU